CUUCACUUUAAGUGGUUUCGCCUGAUAAAGACCUGAAUCCUGAGGUCCCUUGAAUGUCUCGCAUCCUCUCAAAGGGCUUACAAAGGAUCUGAUAGAUACCUUGCAGAGUGUGAAGUGCCAUUGCGUUAGCACAGCCGUCAGACGAACCGCAGCUCCAGUGCCGGCCUUUCUCUGUGGGAUUGUAUCUUUAACCGGAACUCCCUUCGUUGCACGAAGGUCAGAUUGAUACACGAUGAAUUAUGUACAGCUUGAGAAGUUGGGAGAAGGGACAUAUGCGACAGUGUACAAGGGACGAUCACGGACGACUUCUGAGAUUGUUGCCUUGAAGGAGAUUCACCUGGAUGCAGAGGAGGGAACGCCAAGUACAGCUAUUCGCGAGAUUAGCUUGAUGAAAGAGUUGAAGCAUGUCAAUGUGGUCAGACUUCACGAUGUCAUCCACACAGAGUCAAAAUUGGUCCUGAUCUUUGAGUUCUGCGAGCAAGACUUGAAACGAUAUAUGGACACGCAUGGUGAUCGUGGAGCUCUAGACUUGAAUACUGUCAAGAACUUCACCCACCAGCUUCUCACUGGAAUCGCCUACAUACAUGAGAACCGAGUCCUCCACCGUGAUUUGAAACCCCAGAACCUUUUGAUCAACCGUCGUGGUGAACUUAAGAUUGGUGACUUCGGUCUUGCUCGAGCAUUCGGCGUACCUGUCAACACAUUCAGUAACGAGGUCGUGACGCUCUGGUAUCGAGCUCCUGAUGUCUUGCUCGGUUCAAGGACGUACAACACCAGUAUUGACCUCUGGAGUGUGGGCUGCAUCUUUGCCGAAAUGAUCACAGGAUACCCAUUGUUCAGGGGCAAGGAUAACCCUGAUCAGCUCAAUGCCAUCAUGAAAGUGACUGGCACACCAACUGCAGAAACAUUGGCGCAGAUCAAGCUCAACUCACCCGAGAUUCAGAUGAAGAAUCCUUUGAACAAAUACCCCAAACAGCCCCUCCACGCUUUGAUUCCAAAGGCUCCCCGUGAUGCAAUCAACCUUCUCGAACAUCUCCUACAGUUCGAGCCAACUCGUCGGUACGAUGCUCAUCAAGCCAUGGCCCACCCCUACUUCACUUCUGGACCCAUUGCUCCUCCAUCUAUCCCUGCUUCCGUCUCAAGCUCUACAGCUUCACUCGCUCUGCCGCCUCGAGUCGCUCAAAGAGCAUCGGCAGCUUCAGCAGCUGUUCAAGCUCAACAGCAAGCCGCAGCAGCGGCCGCGGCUCAACAACAAGCGGCCGCUCAGCAGGCUGCAUCUCAGCAACAGGCCCAGAUGAUGAAUCAACAACAACAACAGCAGCAGCAGCAGCAGCAACAGCAGAUGAUGUUGAUGGAACAGGCGAGACAACAGCAAGCUCAACAAGGAUACUAUGAUCCCUCUCAAAUGCAGGCUCAGGCCCAGGCCCAAGCCGCAGCGCAAAUCCAGAUGGCUCAGGCUCAAGCGAGAACAAUGGAUCCGAAUGGCUAUUAUAUGAACCAAGAUCAGAGAUAUUAGAAUUGGAUCGGGGACGAUGAAAUCAGAAAUCGUUGGCCUACAUGUUCACCGUUCUAUCGGUCCCAUCUCCUGUUCUGCAUGUGUAUUUUGCCGCAUAGACAAUGUCUCAGUGACGAGUUGUGAAUUCCUACUCCAACGUGACCUCGAAGCAGAAA